AUGAAUCACGGAGUCUUUUAUACGUUGAGAAAACACUGGAAAAAAUCCACAUUUGCUGCUAUUGCUGCUCUUUAUGGAAUACAUUUCAUGACGCAAAAGCAUAGAGCUAAUAUUGUCAGAAGAAGAUUAUGCCAAGAGGCAGUGCAAUAUGGUAGACAGACUAUCAAAUCAACGGCAAAGCAGCGUCGAGUUGUGGUAUUUUUUAAUCCGAAAGCAGGCAGCGGAAAAACUAGAAAAUUGUUGAAAGAUGACGCCGUACCAAUCUUUAACCUUGCUGGGAUUGAUGUUGUUUAUAUCGAGCUUGAUUAUGUUGGUCAAGCCAAAACCUUGGUAAAUUAUUUAGAUGAAACUACCGAUACUAUAGUAAUAGCUGGUGGCAGUGGCACAGUAAUGGAGGUAAUUACUGGAUUACUAACCAAGUACGAUGAGGAAUCGAAACAGUGUCCGCUACCAAUUGGUAUUAUACCUCUAGGAGAUGAAAACACACUAUUUGAGAAAUUAUUACCCGAUCGUUGUAAGAAUAUACCCAAAGCCAGAAUUAUCGGUGAGGCCGCCUUAUCUAUUGUCAAAAAGGAGAGUAGGAUGAUUGAUGUAAUGAAAAUUAGCCCUCAAGAAUCUGGUAAAACUAUAUAUUCUCUAUCAUCUGUUAAAUGGGGAAUUUUUAGAGACAUCGCCAGCGAUUACGACAGAUACUGGUUAUUUGGACCUUUAAAGAAACGCAUGGCUUAUAUUCCCCCAGUUUUAUUUAAUUGGCCUCCAAAGUAUAGUAUUGAUAUAGGUUUCGGCGCAUCCGAUAAUCAGAAAAGUUUGAAAAACAACGACAUAAAGGAUACCAUUGAUAACAAUCCGAUGAUUAAAGAAAUAAACAAAAAUAUUAAAACAUUUAAUAGCUUUCAAGUUGAAAUCGAUGCAAAUCAAACCAAAAAUCUUGCUGUUUCUAUUUGGCCUGAAAUUAUCGAUAAAAAAGAAUUUAUCUUAAAGGGAGCUGAAAACAUUAACACCCAGCGAAAUAUUUUUACGACCGUCAAGGAAUAUAACUGGGAUCAUGGUACUUCAAACAGAAGUUUUCAAGCAAUAUCUUCUCGCUUCGCGAUUAUAGCAACCUCAAUAGAGGCAUCGUAA